AUGAUGGACCCGAAGAUCCUUCACAAAGUGAUGCCGUUCGACGGUCAGAGAGCGAGCUGGAAGACGUUCGGCUUCCAGUGCAGAACCUACCUGAUCGCGCAAGGCAGAAGGUAUCGACGUCUUCUCGAGAAGUGCGAAGACGGAGCGCAGGAUGUAGACAACGUGAACUUGUCAGCCCAAGAGGAGGAGCUCAGCACGCAGCUGUACUUCGCCCUGGCCCUCGUCAUGCCUGAGGGCUCGGCGGGCGAGAUGAUCGUGGGGGACAGCAGCUCGGGCGAAGGGGCGGCGCCCUUGAGGAAGCCGCAGAAGGAGUACAACCCGAACGAAGCAGGCAGCGUGCUAGCGAUGUGGACCAAGCUUAAGGGCACGAAGUUCGAGGCAAACGACGACGCCAUGGUGAGCAUCAGCAAGCUCGACGAGGACAUGACGAGGUGCCAGAAUAUGUCGGGCUGGCCCGUGUCGGACCUCAUCGAGCGAGGAAUCCUCACCGAGGCGCUCAAGGAACACGACGAGUUGCAGAAGCACGUGUUUCGGAUUUGCUGUCGGCUGAACAUGCGCGAGCUCCUGCGAGCCGAAGUCGCGUCGGCGCCGGCGGCGGAGCGAGCGGUCGACGACGAUCCGAUGGGCAUCGGCGGGUUGAAGGGCGGCAAGAAGCUGCGGAGAGGCCGCGGCGAGGGCAAGGGGGGCAAGGGCAAGGAGGGGCCGCCGAACUCCGACGCCGACCUCGCGCACAAGAAAGGCCACCGCAGGUACUGUCGCAAGAAAGGCCUUCGCACACGAGAGGAGUGCAAGUGCUGUCGCAAGAGAGGCCGCCGCAGCGCCAACUGCCGCGAGCGGGUAGCCAAGGAGAAGCAGGCAGCCGCCUGCAACGACAACACGGACAAGAAGCAGCACAGAAACGAACAGGUCAAAGGGAAGAAGAGGGUCGCAGGAGGGGCAGUAAAAGAGCUCGAGAGAUUGCGACGAGCAGGAGUGGCCCCAGCGACAGGGUCGACGGCGCCCACGCAGCCUCUGCUAGGGGCGCACAGCAGCGCCGACAGCGCAGCGACCCUGCCAGUCUGCAGAGGGAUGCAAGCGAAGAUGAUUCUGGCCCUGAGGGCCCGAGACCACAGGAUCGACUGGAAGUGCACCUUGCCCUCCUACGAAAAGUACACACGCAGCUCGCGCAAGAAGCUGCUCGAGGGCAGAACGUGGCAUUGCCGCGAGUGGAAUGUGGACUUCUGCGAGACGUGCGCAGAAUACUGCCUGGACAAGCACGAGUCUCGAAGUUCGAUUAGCGGAGAAUGUAGCUGCUGCGAGUCAGCCGCGGUAGAACCCGCGCUGCCAGCUGCGGUCGGAGGCCUACGUGGGCAGGUGCCGGAAGACGACCGACUGCGGUUAGCCCCGCUUCGGAAUGCCAUCGCGCUCGACUCAGGCGCGCAGGUCAGCGCAGCGCCGAGGAAGCAGGAGCCAGCUGGCGAGAAGCAGGUGCCGAAGGUGGUGUUCGACAUCUUCUACGUCGGGACUGACCAGCUGGCGGCUAGGCACAAGCUCAAAGGAGGCCGAUUCAGCUGUGAGAAGCCGCUGGUAACGAAAGCAGAUCUAGAACAGGCGAUCUCAGUUCUGAACGCGAUCGCUUGCGAGAUCCUGGCGCAGGGGCCUGCCGCGAUGGCCCUGGCAAAUGCAGUUCGAGAUCGCAGGUCUCGCUCUACCUUGGUGCGGGUAUCACCGCCUUUGUCCCUGCAGAGUGCUGGCUGCGCCGAGGGUGCCAACGAGCUUGCAGCAGGCUUGCCGCGGACCUCCUACAAGCUGAAGCUGAAGCGCAAGCUGGGGCGCGACAUCGAGAUGACGGAUCCGAUCGCGCCUUGGCUCGUUAUGCCGGAGUACACUUGGGAGAUCUCGGAGAUGGGCGAGCAGGUCGGGGCCGCGCGGCGGAUGCCGGAGGAGUUUAGGUGGCAGCCUGAGCUCACCCAGAACAUCAGGGCGACGCCGUGGAAGCACAUCCUUGACAAGAGUGCAGGACCCAUCGGACGCAGCAUGUACACCACGCAGCGCACGAUCAACGCUCGCGGCCCGACCGGCGACGGCAGGACAUGCAGCGCUGGAUAUGGAUCGCAUUCGGCAGCCUGCCGUCGGCGGUUCGAGACAAUCCAGGCCGAACUCCUGCGCGAGAAAAAGGAAAAGGACCCUGUGGCCCCAGACCAGAGGCUACGGCGGCGGUGCCAGCCGCUGCUGCGGGCCCCCCCGCGCCUGGAGCAGCGGCUGGAGCAGAUCGAGCAGAUGGUUGAGGUCAGCGCCGAGUUACAGGAGCACGACCAGUGGGGCCCAAAGACGGCACACUACGAAAACUACACUGCAGAGCCCUUGGACGAGGAUCUGUACCAGAAAGGUCGCGACGACCAGCUUCUGGCCAUGAAGGACUACGGAGUUUACGUGGAGGAAGGCGGAGUCAGGUGGAGGUUCGUGGCGACCGAGAUCAACAAGCACGAGGUGCGCGAGGAGAACCACCAAGGCACGCCGCCGCUCAUGAUUGCAAGGGAGACGCUAAGCCAGGCCGCAUCGAGCCCUACUUCGACGGGAGAGCACAAGCGGAUGAUCCACGUCUGGGACGUCAGGAAGGCUUUCUUCAACGUGUGCCUUCCUGGAAGGUGCUGGCGGCUGCUGACGGCCAUGAACGGCAACAGGAAGGCAUCGCAGAUGUGGGGAGAGGUGGUGCGGACCACCAUGGGUGACGGUCACUGGGGUUGCUUCACGGCGACACCUGACGUGUUCUACUCACCAGCGAGCUCCAACGUCCCUGCCGUCGGCGAGGACAGUGCAGCUCUCUGCCACGGAGACGACUUUCUGGCCGAAGGCUACGACGAGCAGUUGGACGAGCUGGACGAGUUGCUGAGACAGCAGUUCGAGGUCACAGCGAGUGCCAGACUGGGCCCCUGA